UUUUUUUUUUUUUUUUUUUAAAAAAAAAAGUACCUAAAACAGUGGAAAUAGUUGAAAGCUUCCUACUAAUAACAGGCUGUUUUGAUGUGGUCCUUAUUGCCUGGUUUACUGAUAUAGAGAAUUACACUUAUCACUGGCAAUCUUACAAACUCUGAUAUACUAGCUGUGAUAUUAUUUUUUGGUUUUUUUGUGUUUCAUUCUGUUUGACCAGUGAUAAUUGGCUAGCCAAGCUUUUUUUUUUUCCUGUUUAUAGUCAGUGUCCCAUUUUGGUUUGGUUGUGUGAAGGUGGUGCUGGUGUGUUUUAGUUUGUAAUCUUGCAGGGAAGUGUGCAGGGAGGGUCAUAAAUCUGUAGCAGUGUUUGGUGGCUUUUUUUUUUUGUGUGUGUGUGUCUGUCUCUUGUUUUACUUAUAGAGCAAUAUCUUAACUUUUGUCCCUGCCCUGUUGAGCAAAAGUGAAAGUUAGAUGCUGGAUAUAAGCUUCUGCAAUCAGGUACCCUUUCUAACUUUUUGUAACCGUAGACUUCUCGUUCAGAGGAGACUAGGUGAAAAAUCAUAGUAACAUUAAAAAAUAAAUCGGAAGCAAUCCAAAGCAUCCUCUUGUCCUAGUAUCAGUAAAAGAAUUUCAUGAUUAAAGUAUAACAGCAACGCUUACUUAUGCAGUCACCUUCAUAAAAGGCAGUGUUAAUUAAAUCUGUUACUGCCCAACCACAGGCUUCAACUAGAACCUCUCCUCUGCUAUCCCAGGUGUGGAUGGAGAGCAUGAUACCGUACUAUUAUUCCCGCAGAUGUUCAUGGAAGACACUGAGAGAAAGGAGCAGGAACAUACGCGAUAGUCCUGUCUCGGCACAAUACAAGUCUAGGUUUGAAUUGUUGCCACCUUGAAAACUGGGCUGUAUUUGAAAUCUUAAUAGUCCCACCAAAAUGAUGUAAUUUCACUUUUAACUAGUCCGUGGCAACAGGUACAGGUUUACAGAAUAGCUUCUGGAACGUUCUAGCACUCGAAUGCAGCGUUCCGUUCAGGGUAACGCUCGGAGGCACUGCCCUGUUAAUUGCAGGGUUUUGGUAGGCCUAAUAUUGCCGCACCAAGCCGUAUGGGGGAAAAUACAGCCCAGUUCUUGUUCAUAAGUUUUAGUUCUGUGGGUUUUUCCCCCUUCCCCAGAACCCUUGAUCUUGAAGAUGGUGAGUAGCCAGCCUAAGUACGAUCUAAUACGGGAGGUUGGUCGUGGCAGUUAUGGUGUGGUGUACGAAGCAGUCGUCAGGAAGACUUCUGCACGGGUCGCGGUGAAAAAGAUUCGGUGCCAUGCUCCAGAGAACGUGGAACUAGCUCUGCGUGAGUUCUGGGCACUUAGCAGUAUCAAGAGCCAGCAUCCCAACGUCAUUCACCUGGAGGAGUGCAUCUUGCAGAAAGAUGGUAUGGUGCAGAAGAUGUCCCAUGGCUCCAGUUCCUCCCUUUAUUUACAGCUUGUAGAGACCUCAUUAAAAGGAGAAAUAGUCUUUGACCCCAGAAGUGCUUACUACCUCUGGUUUGUAAUGGAUUUCUGUGAUGGAGGAGACAUGAAUGAGUAUCUGUUGUCCCGAAAGCCAAACCGCAAGACCAACACCAGUUUCAUGCUUCAGCUCAGCAGCGCACUGGCGUUCCUGCACAAAAAUCAGAUUAUUCAUCGUGAUCUCAAACCUGACAAUAUUCUGAUAUCUCAGAGCAGGAUGGAUGCUAGUGACUUGGAGCCUACCCUGAAAGUAGCUGAUUUUGGGCUGAGUAAAGUAUGUUCAGCCUCAGGACAGAAUCCCGAGGAACCAGUCAACGUAAAUAAGUGUUUUCUAUCAACUGCAUGUGGGACUGACUUCUAUAUGGCCCCCGAAGUCUGGGAAGGACACUACACUGCCAAAGCAGACAUCUUUGCGUUGGGGAUUAUAAUCUGGGCAAUGUUGGAAAGAAUCACGUUCAUAGAUACGGAAACAAAGAAAGAACUUCUGGGGAGUUACGUCAAGCAGGGAACAGCGAUCGUGCCUGUUGGAGAGGCGCUUCUAGAAAACCCUAAAAUGGAACUGCUCAUCCCCGUAAAGAAAAAAUCCAUGAAUGCUCGAAUGAAACAGCUGAUCAAGGAAAUGCUGGCUGCCAACCCGCAGGACCGACCUGAUGCUUUUGAGCUAGAACUGCGGUUAGUCAACAUAGCUUUUAAAGACAGCAGCUGGGACACGUGACCUGCCGAGUCCUGUCUCUCGAGAGAGCUCCUUCUCACCUAACUGAUGGUGCAGCUUAAUGGCAGUAAAAGAAACGAGCCUGAACUCAAACCUGCAGGGUGUAGUUUCUACCAAACGAAUCUCUUCUGAGUUUCAUAAAUGAUACGGAUGUUGAGUUGGCCGCUGUGUUAAUGAUGCGUUGAUGUGUAUAAUACCAGGAUGUUACAUGC